GCCUGUCUCUCCCCAGACCAAUUUAUUUCCUUUGUGGGCUCCUGGCUCCAGGCCGACAAGGAGGCAAGCCGUGUGGCGUCCCUCUCCAUCUUCAGUGGCAUCCUUGCUGCUGACCUGCCGGAGAUGCGGGAGAAAAAAUGUGACAUGGUGCAGGCCAUGAGGGGCACGCUCGGCGAUGAGAGCAUUGAGGUGAAGAAGGCUGUGCUCCAUUUCAGCAGGACGGUGCUCACUGUGCACGGCCUGGAGGAGUGGGCCUGGGAGCUGGUGGCCUAUAUUUUCAAGCAGGCCAGCUCAUCUAGCAGCCAAAUGGUAAGAGAAAUGGAGGGUGGGCGCUUGGUGCUGAUGUCCGAGCAGGGGGAAGCCUGGCACUGGCUGGAGCAGGAUGCUGAUGCUGAGGAGGAACACAGCAUCCGAGCCACCUGUGUAGAGCUGCUGGAAUAUGUGGACGUCUCAGUGCGUGGCAUGAGCCAAGUGGUCGCCUCGGCCCUGGGCGACAGGACCCGUGCGCAUUGUGCGCUGCGGGGACUGUGGGCUCUGCACCGCACGAUCCACCCUGCUGUUGGGGAGCAGUGGAGGAUCAAGAUCCCCAUCCUGCUCAUGACUAUGGAAGGAACAGCUCAGACCUGCCAGGACAACGUGUGGUGGGAGCACCUGCUGCUGAAGUUCCUGAACAGGACACUGCAGACCAUCGAUGACGAUGCCUGGAGCAGAGAGCUGAUCCUGGAGCUGCAGCUGCAGACGGCCAGCUACGCCUGCUCCUCCCCGGAGAAGACUUUCCUAUAUAAGGCACUUGGUACCACGCUGGCCUCUUGCCAGGAUGUUGCCUACGUGAAAUCCCAGCUCCAGAAAUUUCUGAAGGACACAGAUUACAUGGACGCUUCGGAGAGAGAGCAAGUCGUGAGCAUCCUGGCUUUCUCAGCCAAGGGCCACCUGGACCUCACCCUGAGCACCCUGGAGGACUUUGGUGCUGCCAUGAGUAAAGUGCAGGUGUCUGGGAUCAUCAGCCUCCUGCAGGACUUUCACCAGGGGAGAAGAGGCAGGACCCACAGGGCCUUGAUCCUGGCCUACAGCCAAAUAGCUGUGCAUGCCCCCCAAACGCAGCUGCUCCCCCGCGUGGAGCGUGACAUCACCAGGAGGGUCCUGCAGCACUACGUGAGCAGCUGCCAGGUGCUUGGCAUCACCAUCCUCAAUAAGGACCUGGACUUAAAGCUGACCCUCAUCCGGUCAGUCACUGAGAUCAGCCGUGCCAUCCUGGACGCUGACGGCUCCCAGAGCUUCCAGUUCACGUACAAAGAGGAGCUGCUGGGGUACAUGCUGGACUUCAUAAAAGAGGAACCGAUGGAUUCCCUGGCCUCUCCUGUUCGCCUCACGGCCAUGCUUGCCAUUAAGCACCUGAGCAAGGUGAAACCCUCCCUGAAUCGGGAUGCAAACAGAAGCCUGCUUGAAACCUGCCUCAGGUGCCUGGUACCUCUCCCAGCUGUGCAGCACCUGAGACAGGAGGGGGAGACAGCUCAGGACUCGUUGCAAAUACAGUCCUUGCACGAGUUGUCCAUGCAGGCCUUGGGCGAGCUCAUGAGAGGCCUCCUUGAAGAAGACCCCACUGAGAGCUGGGUCAUGGAGAUGUUCCACCUUCUUGAGCCAUGGCUUUCAGCUGGCAAGGAGUGGGAGAGGGACAGGGCCUUGCAGGGCAGCGCCCAGCUGCUUGCCGCCUGCCGAGAGGCCGUCUACUGCAGACUGCAAGAGCCCUUCGGGAAAACCGGGUUCCUGCUGGGGCUGCUGGCGCCCUACACCUGCGCCUCUCUGGCCACAUCCCGGCUGUGGGCUGCUGACUGCAUUGCCUGCCUCCUCCCCGUACAAGAUCAGUCCAUGGGCAUGGAUGCAGCGGAGGAGGAGCUGAGGGGUAUCCGGGAGGAGCUGAAAGCCUCCACCCCCGAGACUGUGCUUGCCGCAUCCUCCCGCAUGGCCAAGGUGAGUGUCUCAAGAGGCUGGUGUGGGGACUCUGGGGACCGGGCGUCCUUCACUGUCCACUCCUUUGCUCACACACGGUUUACCUCUUUCUAUGGAGUCCUUGGAAAAUAUUUUACAUCAAGCCAGACCCAUGAGUUUAUGGAGACCAUGCUGAAUGCCAUGCUGAGAGCCAGCCCCACAUGUGCCACAGCAGGAGGACAUUGGCUCCUCAGAAUCAUCAAGGAGCAUGGAGAGGCCCUGCUGGAGGAGGUGCCGGACAUCCUGGGCACCAUAACGAUGCACAUGCCCGCUAUGCAGGAAGGGUGCAGGAAGAGCUGCCUGCUGGAAGCUGUGGCCAGUCUAGCAGGCUUCCACGUAGAGGCCGUCACCAGCAGCCUGCUUUGUAGACCUCUGCCCAUGGACAGUGACACCUCUGAAUUGUGGCGGGCGAUGGGUGGAGGCAAUGAUUUGUCCAUCCACGUGCUGCAUUUGCUCCUCGCCAAGCUGGACCAUCGGGCUGAGACGGAGAGCAGCUCACUCACCGCAGCAUUUGAGCCACUGGCAGCAACCUGUGCUGCUUUGGAGAUUGUCAGCACCCUGCAGUGUGGCCAAGUGCUGAGGGACAUGCUCCCAGCCAUGCUGCGUGCUCUUGUGGAGCAAACAAGCCACACCGUGGGGCAAAAAAUGCCAGCGCCCGGCGGGAGCCUUUGCAGCAUUACAGAGGGCCAAGUCCACGUAGUGGGCAACCCUUGCAGGCUUUCCAUGGAGGCCCUGGCCUGCGCCAUUUCAAAGGGCAUAGGGGAAAGUGUGGCCACAUCCCUGUGCAAGGAGGGAACGUGGCCCUUGCUUGAGUGCCCAGAGACACACCACGAGGGGGUGUGCCAGCUGGCCAGGGCUCUGCUGCCGUCGGGCAUGGUAACGCCAAAUUUCAUCAAGGAGAUCCUCAAAUGGGUGCGGGCUGGGUCACCAAAGCUGAGGCUCACAGGGACAGCCUUCCUCAGCCAGGUUAUGAGUGACCCGUCCAUCCAGGACGAGGAGCUGCUGAACCCAGCCCUUCUUCUACUGGUGGAACAAGCCAAGGACAGCAAUUAUGCUGUUCGGCAGAUGGCAGCCAGGGCCUUGGGGAACGUGGCACAUGGUGCCCCUGCGCAGCUGAAACACCACCGGACCCUCAUCCUGGACACCCUGGUCCAAGCCUCCUUCGUGCCAUCUUCAGAUGAGCUAAUGACAGAGGGCAUGAUAUCUCUGGCCAAGGUCCUCAGGCAGUUCGGGACCAGAACAGGGCCCGUCAUUUUGGCUGUGGGGACGCACGUUAGGGCCUUUUUCGACCACGUGAGUGAGCACCGCUCCCCACCCCCAUUCGAUUGCUCUUCGUUGUGGGCCCUGUCGGGGAGGGGAUGCACUUGCUGCCCCUUGCUCCAGCCCAAACUGGAAGAUUUUAACUGUUGUGGAAGAAAUGAGUUCUCAGGAAGAAAAGCAAGCCCAUGAGAUAGAGGUUUGGUUGUGACCCCACUGGGGUUUCUUGUCCACAGAAGGAUGAU